UUUUAUUAAAAUAAUUUAAAAAAAAAAAUUCAAUAAGAUGAUGGUAAUUUUUAUUAAGACCUUAUAAAAACAUUUCACUAUAUGACCGUGAAAUCUUUGUAAAAGGGACUAAAGUAAAAUAUCAACAUAAUAGUAUUAUGUAUCAAGAUGUUUCAAAAUAUAUAUCCAUUAAAAUAUAAUCAUUAUUUAUUUAUUUAUUUUGAUAAUUUUAAAAAUGACAGUAGAUCUUAUAUUUUACUCUCGGAAUGAAUGAUAAUUAUUAAUUUUCGUCCUCCACUCUAGGAUUUCUUAAAGGAAAUUGUUUGGUUGCAACAACUAUAGAGUGGGGUAAUACUCAGUUAAAUAUAAAUACGAAUGAUUGACCAAAUGGACACAGUCUUAACGUGCAAGUGAUCAAGAAAAGUUUAAUAAAUUAAUUGCAUUUGAAUUUACAAUUAUGAUAUUAAAAUCAGCAUUUAUAUUAAUUUUCGUGGCAAUAUUAUCAGAAGCGUUAGAUAUACCUUUGAAGUAUUUUCAGAUUAUUAGUUAGACUAUUUAAGUACAGCAGGAUUUUAACUGUAACAUUAUUCUCUUAUCUAAUGUAUCCUAUUGCUGCUGCUGCUACUACUUCUGCUACUACACUGCAAGUCUCACCUUCAACAUUUGUAAACAAAAUGACCCAAAUCUUUCUCAAUGUGUCAAUGAAGCUGCAGCACAAGCUAUAGUUUCAAUGGCAAAUGGAGUUCCGAGUCUUAAUGUUUUGCCUUUAGAGCCUCUGGGAAUAGAUAAUAUGUCUAUAGGUGAAUCUGGAUCAAUCGCUUCCUUUAAACAAAAUUAUCGUAACAUAAAAGUUUACGGUUUGACCAAGGGAUUAAACGUCUCCAAUUAUGAGAUUGACUUUGAUAAUUUAAUCUUCAAAUCAGAUUCAUUUAAUCCACAAAUUGAUUUUGUAGCAAAUUGUAAGGUCGAUGGAAGAUUGUUGUUGUUUCGCAUUCACGGUCAAGGGCCCUGCAAUAUAACAAUGUUAAAUUUAAAAACUAAAAAUACGUAUUAUGGGGAAAAAUUUGAAAAGGACAAUAACAUUUAUAUGAAACUCAAGAGAUACGAUGUGAAAUUUAAGCCCGAUAAAGUUAUUCUCAACUUUGAAAGGCUUUUCAGUCAAGACAGUUUUUUAGGCAACCAAAUAAACUCAAUACUAAACAGUAAUUCUGAUGUUCUCUUCCGCGAAUUACAAUCCUCUUACGAAGACACAUUUUCGAAAGUAUUUAUGAAAAUUGGUAAUGAUAUAUUUUCUCGAAUACCAUUUAAUAACUUAUUUCCAGCUUAGAAAUCAUUAUUUUCAAGUUACUAUUAAUUAAAUAUGUACAUACUUUAAUAAACUGUAAUAAUUAAUUUAAAAAAUAAAAA